AUGGCUUCCAGUGCCUUUCGUUCUUCCCCCAAGGUCAUCAUUAUCGGGGCUGGCUUUUCCGGUAUGGCGAUGGCAUGCCAACUUAGACGAGAGUUAAAGUGCGAUGACUUUGUUAUAUAUGACCGAGACGCUGGAUUUGGUGGAACGUGGCUAGCAAACAAAUACCCAGGGUGUGGAGUUGAUAUCCCGGCCGCGUUCUACAGCCUCUCCUUUGCGCCCAACCCAAAUUUCUCGAACUUCUUUCCGAAGCGGGACGAGGUUCUACAAUACAUCAACAAUGUGGUAUUAGAGUACGAGCUGUCCCGUCACCUGGUCGGAAGUACAGAAUGGGUAGGGGCAUCCUGGCAGGAAGACGACAAGACCUGGAUGGUCAGGUUGAGGAGUACUACUACUGAACAGGAAUAUGCACAACGGUGUAACGUGUUGAUAUCAGCAGUUGGGGCACUGACAAAUCCGAAUUCGCUGAAUAUUCCCGGCAUCGAUCGCUUCCAGGGAGAUAUUAUUCACACGGCCAGGUGGGAUCAAAACGUGUCUCUGCGGGACAAAAAUGUAAUCGUGCUUGGAAAUGGAGCCUCAGCAACACAGCUAGUACCAGCCGUAGCAGAAGAUGUUCGGUCAAUCACUCAAUUUAUGAGGUCAAAACAAUAUUUCCUCCCAGGAGGGUGUAACACCACCAUCAGCCCUUUCUGGCAGACUAUAUUCCGCUACGUACCCGGUGUGCUUCUCGCUGUCAGAUUUCUAAUCUUUCUAUACCUCGAAACAUCGACACCCCAGUUCAACCUGACCAAGACUGGGGCGAAGAUGCGAAGAGAAACUGCCGAAAUAAGCGAGCGUUACAUCAAAGAAAACGCACCAGAAAAGUACUGGCCACUCCUACUGGCCGACUAUCAAGUCGGUUGCAAGCGAAGGGUAUUCGACCACGACGGCUACAUCUCAACAUUAAACCGAGAUAAUGUCCGCCUUACCGACGAUGAGGUCAUCGCUCUUAACGAACGCUCAGUAUCAACCAAUUCAGGAGCAACAUACCCUGCAGAUGUUAUCAUGUUAGCCAACGGCUUCUCUCUAACCCAAUAUGACACCGAGCUGUGCGGUCGCCAUGGUCGCAGUCGACAAGAAUAUUGGAAGGAAUCCGGGCACAUCAAGGCUUACGAAAGUAUCGGCAUGUCUGAGUUCCCUAACUUCUUCUACAUUUUGGGUCCCAAUUCAGGUCGCGGACAUACAUCUGCAAUUUUCUCUAUAGAGAACUACACCGACCUCAUCAUCCGCAUCAUUAAACCGAUAAUAGCCGGAUCAGCUGUGUCCGUAGAACCCGAUAUGUCGAGCGAAAAGGCAUACAACCAGCGGUUGCAGGGAGCGUUGAAAAACACAGUGUUUAACAACACAUGCCGCAGUUGGUUUAUCGAUCCUAAAACCGGAUGUAACUGGAUGAUAUACCCCUGGAGCUCCUUCUACAUGUGGUGGACGACGCAUGUUGCAGGUCUCGACGGGUGGGUCUAUGAGUAUCCCCAGACGAAAAAGAUGUCCCAGAGCCCGGCUUUUGCUCUGUGUCUGCGCACCGUACUACCCACCUUUGUUGUCUGUCUAAUUGUGGGAGCGUAUACCUAUCUUAAGGAUUCAUGCGGUGCGUUCGUUGUGUGA